CCACCCCCCCACCCCCACCCACCCCGGACCUGGUUUACGGCUCCGAGCUCAGGCUCCGAUGCGGCCGCUGAUUGGCUGCUGAAGGCUUGGUCCCAUCCCAGUGACCCCAAAGUGCUGGAGGGAGGGGGCGGGGGUGGCCCAGUGCAAAGUGCAUCCCGAAAGCCCCCUGCUUGUAGCCCCCGCGGCUGGCACUUAGGACCCUGUAUGACCCGGGACCUCGCUGCCCCGAGACCUCCCGUGUGCCCCCGUAGUUGGGAGCCUUCGGCCCCGAGCGCGGCAACCCCUGCUCCGAGCUCUCAGACCCGGGCUGCCCCCCCACUCGAGCCGGGACUUCCUCCCUGCACCCCUGCUCCGAGGCUGCCCGGCGGUCAGGACCGUCUCCCCAGUUCUGCUCGACCGUCCGGAUGCUCGCCGGGUUGGGGCCGUGAGGCACCGAGAAGAAUCAGGAACACCCGUGUCCGGCCCUGCCUGGAGUGUUUGUUCAAUGGAGAAGUUGGUGAGUGUGGAGAAGGCUGAAAGGAGGAAGAGAAGCAGCAGCUGAAGAGACAGGUCUGAGCCGGCUAGAGGAGACGAGAGAGCAGGAAGGGGUCAAGCCACCCACCAGAGAAGCAGCAGAGAGCCUCUGACCAGCAUCCUCUUUAAAGGUUAAGAAAGCUCAUUCACGCCGCAAGCUGGACACACUCUGAGCCUCCUCCCCACGAUGCUGUAUGUGCACAAUGGUUAUUAGGCAAUCCACGUAUCCGGAGAAGGGACAUUCUUCCAUAAGGCUGUUCCCUGUGACCUAAUGAAUCCUUUGUAAAAAGCGGACUCAGCUAGGAUGUUACACCACCACUGUCGAAGGAACCCUGAGCUCCAGGAAGAAUUGCAGAUUCAGGCUGCAGUGGCCGCUGGGGAUGUUCACACAGUCCGGAAGAUGCUAGAACAAGGCUAUUCUCCCAAUGGCCGGGAUGCUAAUGGCUGGACCCUGCUUCAUUUCUCUGCAGCGCGAGGGAAGGAAAGAUGUGUUCGAGUCUUUCUAGAACAUGGAGCCGAUCCAACAGUUAAGGACUUGAUUGGAGGCUUCACUGCUCUUCACUACGCAGCCAUGCACGGUCGGGCCCGGAUCGCACGCCUGAUGUUAGAAUCUGAAUACAGGAGCGACAUUAUUAAUGCCAAAAGCAAUGAUGGCUGGACUCCCCUCCAUGUGGCUGCUCACUAUGGUAGGGACUCAUUUGUCCGACUCCUACUGGAGUUCAAGGCUGAGGUCGACCCGCUCAGCGAUAAAGGCACCACUCCCCUUCAGCUCGCCAUCAUCCGAGAGAGGUCAAGCUGCGUGAAGAUCCUCCUGGACCACAAUGCCAACAUUGACAUCCAGAACGGUUUCUUGUUGCGAUACGCGGUGAUCAAAAGCAAUCACUCUUACUGCCGAAUGUUCCUUCAGAGAGGAGCAGAUACAAACUUGGGUCGCUUAGAAGAUGGACAGACUCCUUUACAUUUGUCUGCCCUUAGGGAUGAUGUACUCUGUGCACGGAUGUUAUAUAACUAUGGAGCGGACACAAACACAAGGAACUAUGAAGGACAGACCCCACUGGCUGUUUCAAUAAGUAUUUCUGGAAGUAGUCGACCGUGUUUGGAUUUCUUACAAGAAGUCACAAGACAGCCCAGAAACUUGCAGGACCUGUGCCGAAUUAAAAUUCGACAGUGUAUAGGCCUUCAAAACCUAAAGCUACUUGAUGAACUACCAAUUGCCAAGGUCAUGAAAGACUACUUAAAACACAAAUUUGAUGAUAUCUGAUGUACACAGAACUGUGAGCAAGAUUAGGAGUUAUAUUCCAGAUACUUAAAAGGCUUUUUGCCUUGCACAAAGUAUAUCCUAUGCAAUUUCUGAUUUGAUGUGAAGUCAGAAAGCAGGUAUACACUUUUAGGUAUUUUGUUUGUUCGUUUGUUUGGUUUUCAUGGUCAGGGGAGGGAUUUUUUUAUAUAUAUGAACACACACACACACACACACAGCACAUGCUUGAAGGUCUUAAUUUGGUUUCUUGGUCCAAGUUUAAGAGGUCCAAGCUUUCUAUACGAUACUGCAUUUACGAAAAUCGUUUUUCCGAAAUGACACACGUAGCAUUGGAGUGGAGAAUUUUCCCCUUUUCAAACGUAUGGUUUCUUGGGCAUGCACGACGUUAUCAACCAGCAGAGUGCUUGUUAACCGGUUGGAGGCAUGGUUUCACCCAGGGGGGUCCUGGGUCCUACUGGAAAAUGCCUCAAGAAAUUUUUAAAGUAACUCCGUCACCUCAUUCAUUUUUAAUGAGUACAAAUUGGCCGUUUCAAACUGUUCCUUUUCCUAAUUAACGUAGCUCUCGGAUGACAUCAGUCCAGUACCUCUGCUUUCCUGUUGGUGUGCUCUUGUUUUUAACUUAUUUUUUUUAACAACUGUAGUACACUACCUGCCCAGAGACACUGGAUCUCAACUUCCGUCUCUCGUCGAAUCGUGCUUUUAAAACAAUUCAUGGGCACAAAAAUAACUUUAUAAAGCCAGUGUAUUCUGUUUUUAAAACAGUGCCUCCCGUGCAAUACUCUUCCUGGUGUAUUUUAUCCAUUAUUUCACUCGCUGUUUCUCAUUCCACAGCCGGCUUUGACAGGCCUGUGAGAACAGGAACCACCACUUCAAUUUCAAUUGUAGGACCAUAGGGUAUCAGUUGCCAUUUCCAUUGUAAGCGUUGUCUUUUACUUCACUUUAAGCAGAAAAUUUCCUAGCCUGGUGAUAGAGUCUUCCCUAAAAAUAGCCCAAAAUAUUGUUUAAGCCAUUAGGCUUUACCAGUUAAAUAACUUAGGGGUGGUUUCAUGGUGGUUUUUUUUUUUUUUUCCUUUCUUUUUUUUAUUCUUCCCAGUUUUAAAAAAAAAAAAAAAAUUCUAAAGGGUACAGUUUCUAAUGGGUGCACAUCUGUAAGCCUGGUUAAUUCCUAAUACGCUAAUUCAACAUUUCCUAUUUUUUAAGUUUAUGCACAGUGAAGCUCUUCGGGACAGUUAUUUUCUUUUCUGGGUUGAUUGGGCAUAUGUUUGCCGUGUAAACACGGUUAUGAUAAAGUGUCAGUAACAGUGGGAAAGGUUCCAGAGACGUGAGGGAUCUACUCUGAUGCCCUGGGAAAUGUGUUCUGUGCUUGAUCUGUCAUCAUACCAGUUUCAGAAGAACCAUUCCAGAUAUCUCAGUAUUGUUCUCCGUGCUUUGGGCAAUUUCAAAAUAUUUACACACUAGUAAUAAAUUUGUUAUCAGACGUUUACAAGAUGAAGGGCUUCUCUUGUCUGAAUUUCUAGUUUUGAGCCAUAAAGUCCAAAACUACUUCACCGGGAAAAGCAUCUCCAAGCAGAAUGGAGCAUCUACCCAGGCUUCACCUUUCUUUAGGGAGCCUCUCUCAAGCACAGAGUCUGUUCCCUGGGAUGCCGAGUGGCUUUGACAUUGGUGUAUGUGAUUUGCUUGUGCCUAGGCAGAGAGCACAGGUUCCUAAAGAACGGGCAGCUUCGGACAAAGAAGGAUUCGGGGGGAUCGCUGAUGGGGUACAUAAACUCUCUUGCAGGGAGCGAGUCAGAGUACAGCCAAUUUGGUAAACCAUUCCAAAACUAACGGGAGCCUGACAGAUAGAAUUGGGUGGUCUCCUGUCUCUAGAAUGGCCUCUUCU